GUUACGGGGUGUCAUUACGUAGUAGGGAGGCGUGUGUGACAUUUGCUGCAAGGAGCUAGUUUACGAACAGCUAGCUGGAUAAAGAUGAAGAAUUACGACAGGAAAUAGAAAAUAUUUUGCCUUUUAACAACUGAGUUGACGUUUGCGUAACACUUUGUAAUCGCAGCCACGUUAGAUAGGACAUUUUACGUCAAAUGUAGCGUUUGGUAAAACUUCCUGUCUGGUUAAACACGUUAAAUAGUCCGCUAACGCUUUCUUUUAACUUACACUGUAAAUGUAAGGAGUUCGGUUUGAGGUUGUGCUCUGCUUUGCUCCUCUGAAAUGUUGAUACUAGUUAGGUAGCUGCUGUAAAUUUUUGAUUAUGUCUCGCAGCAUGGGUGGACGUUAAUGCUUAAGCCGACUUGGCUAACUGCGGUUUGCACACAAGGUUAAAAUUAGCUUUAGCAAGCUAGCUCCUCACUCCGCUCACUUGCUUGCUGCAGCUGCUUCCUCACUUUCUUAUGCUGACUUGUCAGGGCAGGUGUGGUGAAAGUAGGCCAGGUGUGCUGUGGGAUAGAUAGGGUGCACUGUCGUUAAUAACAGUGCGUAGUACUGAGACCUACGGUCUGAUUUCAGGGAUUUUUUGUUACUUUAGUUGAGCCUGAGGUAGGAUCAUGCUGCUCUCUUUGGUUGUGCACACAUACUCGCUGCGGUACUGGUUGCCAGCCACCGUCAUGCUGGGGACUGCCCCGGCUUAUCUGCUGUCAUGGGGGGCAUGGCGCCUACUUUCUACUGUCCUACCAGCGAGAGUGUAUCACAAGCUGGACGACCGGUUGUACUGCAUCUACCAGAGUAUGGUCCUCUUCUUCUUUGAAAACUACACAGGAGUUGAGGUUGUUAUAUAUGGAGAUAUACCAAAGAACAAAGAGAAUGUGAUCUAUCUGUCCAAUCACCAAUGUACAGCUGACUGGAUCAUCGCCGAUAUGCUCGCCAUCAGGCAGAGUGCUCUUGGUCACGUCAGAUACAUCCUUAAAGAUGGACUCAAGUGGCUGCCGCUAUACGGAUGGUAUUUCUCUCAGCAUGGAGGAGCCUACGUGAAGCGAAGUGCAAAGUUUAAUGAGAAAGCGAUGAAGAAGAAGCUCCUCACUCAAACUCAGUGUGGAGCACCAAUGUACCUUGUCAUUUUCCCAGAAGGAACUCGGUAUAAUCCAGAGCUCAAGAAUGUUAUCGCUGACAGUCAGGCUUUUGCUUCGAAAGAAGGACUGGCUAUUCUGAGGCACACGCUCACACCCAGAAUGAAGGCGUCUCACAUAGCUCUCGAGACGAUGAGGGGCCACCUGGAUGCUGUAUAUGACAUCACCGUGGCCUACGAGGGAAGACUGAAAACCGCUGGUGAAAGAAAACCGGCACCUUCGAUGCCAGAAUUCCUGUGCAAAGAAUGUCCCCGCGUCCACAUACACUUCGACCGUGUGGACAUAAAGGAAAUUCCUCCAGAGCCAGUGUUUUUCCGCAGGUGGCUGCAUGAGCGCUUCGAAAUCAAGGACCGGCUGCUGACGGAUUUCUACGAGUCGGAGGAUGCAGACAAAAUAUGCAAGUUCCCAGGGGAAGGCAAGCCGUCUCCUCUGAACCUCUCUAAAACCCUCCCAUCAGUGGUUAUCUUGGGGGGACUGACACUGCCGUUACUUCUGACGGAGAACGGCAGGAAACUGUACGUGAGAACCUGGGUGUACGGGACGCUGCUCGGCUGGCUGUGGGUGAAUGUUUUUCCUUAACGAACAGCGGGCGGAGGCUGCCACGGUGAGACGCACAAAAGACACGGAGAAAUGGUGCCAUUUACCUGUAACUGAUCAACACCAGGUGUGUUCCAGAUGCAGAGCAGCGUCUGAUCAGAGGCUCAGAGAUUUAUCCCACUUCUGGCUCACUGUUGACCUCAAGCUGAAAGCUGAACGGAGAUGCAGAGAAAAGUUAAGCUUUUUGUGCUACUUGUUCCCUCGUGUAAUUUGGAUUUGCAGCCUGAAAUGAAGAGAAAACAUGAGUGGAUUUGUUGAAAAGUAUUAGAUUUAUCAAAAAUACCCCUUGAUCAUUAUUAUUAAAUAAAAAUAGCUAUAUACUUCGCUUGAAAUAUUUGCCCCUUCAUCAGAUUUAGCAAAAAAAUUGUGUUCUUGCAUGCUCACUUUCCCAUCAAACAUUGGCCAGCAUUAAAGCUAUUCUAUCAGAUUUAUUUUGAAAAACUCAGAACAUAAUGAUCAUGGUCAGCUACUCCAUGUAACUGACACAGUAUAGUCAUGAUAGAUCUCUAAUUAUUAAAUGCACUGACUUGUUGACAUUGGUUGUAAUGUGUUAUUUAUGUCAAGUCUCAUGUCAGAAGGAUUAUUAUGCACUUUGCUCAUGUGAAGUGAUGUGUUUUUUUUUGUUUUGUUUUUUUUUUACAUCAGUAGAAUAAAAUUAAUAGCCUGCAUUCCUCGUGGAGCAUGACACCAGCUAUUUACCAUAAUUAUUCAUACUUACAUCACUUUUCUGAAAAUGAAUGUAGCCGUUGUUCAUUUAUGCAACUAUGAAAGAGUAAACAUCUUUUAAUUUACAACGCCAAGAUUCUGAUUUUGCUGAUAUUGAUAUCCUUGAAGAAAAACAGUCUAUACAUUUUCUUUGUCUCUGAUGUUGCCACAGCUCGUAUGGAGGAAUGCAUGUUAAAAAUGAUAAUGUUCUACCAGUGUAAAAUAUCACUUUAAUGUCAAAAUGUCAGUCAUUGCCAAAAUCUGGUGUGUUUGCCAUGAUUUUCUCUAUGUUUUAAGUUGAGCAAUACUUGUUUUAAUGCCAGCCCAGAUCACAAUGAAGCAACUUAUUUGUCUUUUUCAUCUUUCUUUGGCCUUUAUAGAUUCUGAUUAAAUUUUUUAUAAUGGUUCCAUAACUUUUAUAUGCAUAUUUACUUUGAAUACCAUGCUAUGGCUUACAUGAAAGUAUUUACCUAGCAAAAAGCUGAAAAAGCCAUGUUAACAGUAUAUCACAGGUUCCUGUGCACUCAAAGCCAUUUGUAUUAUAACUGUCACUGUAUUGUGAAAAGCACUGUAUGUCCAUUGUUGUUGUUUACUGUAAUGAAACCAUUGCAUUUUCCACAAGUCACUUUACAUGUUUGCUGUCUUGUCUUCCUCUAAAGUUAGUCUUUUUGAUAUGUUUUCCUCAUGUCGAUGGUACAGUAAAUCUCAUGGUUUUUACAUGUUUCUCCAAUACCUCACUUGAAUAAUCCUUCCUUGUUCUUAAAUGACCCUUGUCAGACAUUUUAUAGUCAUUUUUAUCCUGACAAGAUCAGACUGUAACUCAUCAGGAAAAUCUAUGUAGACCGUAUUUAAAAUGCCAACGGAUUUUUGGAAAUGUGUGCCUUCUCUUUGGAGGAGCUGGUCCUCAGCCCUCACAGAGGGCCACAGUGGCUCUUUUCCACCAGGUGACUGCAUGGAGGCACUCUGCAGGAGCUGCUGCUCACUGCAGCAUGUGGUCACAUUGUCUACAAUUCAUAGUGGCUUAUUUUGCUCUAAGAAUGCAUUGAUUUACACUUUUUGAGGACUAUUAUUAAACGAUGAAACCUUUAAUGUGUGUAAGUUCUGGAAAUGAGGGUCGCAGUGAAAAUAAAGUGGUUUUCUUUGGGGAGA